AGAGCUAAACACUCAACCGCUUACUCAUCAUUACAUACUUUAUCAUAAUAUUCAAUUUUGAAAUCUGAGGUAUGGCUGUUUGCAGGCUGCUUCUACUCAUGCCUCUCUUCUUACUCACCUACACAGUCUCUGCUGAUCCUGAUAAUCUUCAAGAUCUCUGUGUUGCUGAUCUCUCAUCUCCUGUGAAAGUGAACGGGUUCCCUUGCAAGGCAAACAUAACGGCCGAUGACUUCUUCUCCUCCGGGAUCGCAAAGCCGGGCCUCAGCAACAACUCGAUGGGGGCAGUGGUGACCGGCGCCAACGUGCAGAGGAUCCCAGGCCUCAACACGCUAGGCGUGUCCCUGGCGCGUAUUGACUACGCGCCAGGGGGGCUGAACCCACCCCACACGCACCCACGCGCCACGGAGGUGGUGUUCGUGCUGGAGGGACAGCUGGACGUCGGAUUCAUCACCACGGCCAACGUGCUCAUCUCCAAGACCAUCAAGCAGGGGGACGUGUUCGCCUUCCCCAAGGGCCUCGUCCACUUCCAGAAGAACAACGGGAUGGUCCCGGCCGCUGUCAUCUCGGCCUUCAACAGCCAGCUUCCCGGCACGCAGUCCAUCGCGGCCACGCUCUUCGCAGCAACGCCGCCGGUGCCGGACAAUGUGUUGGCUAAGGCGUUCAUGGUUGGAACCAAGGAAGUGCAGGAGGUCAAAUCAAGGUUUGCGAGUGCGUAAUAGCUGAUUGAGAUCAACCAACUUCAACUGAUUUGUGGAUGGAUUUAUUUCCAAUUUCAACCUUCUUUCAUAUUUUUAUUAUGUUUAUGUUCUUGUUUUUUUUUUGUUCUGUUUUUUGGGUUUUUGGAGGGUUUAAUGGCAAUGCAUUCGGUACUUUGCUUUGUGUUGUUUUGAUGUAACGAUGAAUAAUAAAACUUGCAUUCUUGGUUCCA